AUGACGGACACCUUUGUCGAGGUUUCCCCUGCCGUUGUAGCGGUCAAUGAAGCCGAGGCGCUGCGCGAUGAGGCUCUCCGUCGCAUGGAGGUGUACGUGCUGGGGCUGCUGCACACGCUUCUCUGGUUGCCCGUCAAGGGAGUAUCGCUCAGCGGCACUACAAUGCUUGCCUUUGAAGGAGGCACGUUUAGUUCCUGGCGAAGGCACAGCCAAUGCGCCGUCCCGUGUGAGCUGCAGGCCUCGACUCGUCGAGAGUGUGGUGCCACCUCCGCACCCCCGGUGAGUCUGCCAUCGGAAGAGCGUGCGGGCGCGAAGGCUCCCGCGCUGGGCUACGGGGGCGCACCGACGCGCCCCAACGAUGGCCAGCCAGUCGCGAGCAUGCGCGCUUUGCAGAGAGCUCGUCACCAUCUCCUCCUCCUUACCGUUCUCUUUCGCAACGUCGUGCGCGGCGACGUGACGACACAGCGCGAUGUAUACUAUCACCUCGUCCGCCACAUCCCGACGCAGGUGGUGGUGAACCGCACAGUCAAGCAGCUCUCGCGUGUGCUGCGACUGCCGCGACAGCUUAUGGGGGUGACGGCGGGCGGACGCGGCUACAUUGCAGGCUGGCUCUCGUAUCGCGGAGUGAGCUUGCAGGGAGGCGGCCCUGGGGCAGCAGCGGAAGAGGGCAUGCCGUUACCACUUCUGAGCACAGAUUUGGUCGUCUCUGUCCAAGAAAUCGCCGAGUGCACAGCUGCCGAGAAUGAGGAAGAGCACGGUUUCUCAGUGCUACUGUCUUCACCGAUCUCGAUGCUGCGCAGCCGCUCACCUCAGCAGUCGGCGUCAAGUCGUUUGACGGCCGCGCAGCAUCGAGAUCUCACUAGCUGUUCAGCCACUGACGCCGCUGCGACAGGCUUUCAAGUGUCGCCAGCUGUGUGCGCUAUCCUCGUCGUGGAGAAGCACGCUGUCUUUGCUCAACUUCUGCGCGAAGGCCUGCCGCGACUGCUGCCGUGCGUGCUGCUCACAUCUCAAGGGUUUCCAACUUACGCAGCGCGUCAACUGCUUGCCCACUUGCACACUGCACUCCCUCGUGCUCCAGUGAUUGGGCUUGUGGAUUACAACCCACACGGGCUCGCCAUCCUCGCCGCGUAUCGUUGGGCUACCGCAUCGGAUGCGCUUACAGCUGGCUCGGCCUCUAUGGAGAGGCACUACUACGUGGUUCCCAACCUGCGGUGGCUCGGCGUGCGCACCGCCCAUGUGUCGCGCGUAAUGGAGAAGACAGCGAGUGACAAUGCGAGUACAGGUGGUCCCUCGGUCGAGCAAUGCCCUCGGCUUCACCACUACACACCAGCUCCUCUGCAAACGAGUGUCAGGCCUUGGAAGGGCACUGGCACAGGCAGCCGGUCACACGACAACGACGGUGCUGUCGCCAGUGCCUCCAGCUGCGCCUCGUACGCCCCGCACACCGCGGAGAAUGCGGCGAUGGCCUCGCCACUGUCCAGCAUCGCGCCUCUUCAGCACUUCACCCGUCGAGACGCCGUUGUGAUGACGCAUCAGAUCGAACGCUUGGAGGCACUCCUGCACCUUACAGCGUCACCUCCAGCUGCGGGGGAAGGCCUCGGGACAGCGGUCGAGGUGGAUGAGGAGAGGAACCACAAUUUCGUCGAACGCCCUCAUGUGAAGCGAGUGGCGCGUAUUUCAGUGGAUCUCGCCGCAGUGCACCAACGCUACAACAGGCUCUCGGUGGCUGGCCUCGCGCAUCAGGCUGAUCGAGCUUCCGUGGUUGCCUGGCUGAACGAGGCACGCGAGAUGCAGCGCCGCAGCGUCAAGUGCGAGAUGGAGGCACUCUACACUGUCCCCUAUUCGCAUCACUUUUUGGGCUCUGCAUCAGUCGUGCAUGCGCAGAGGCGCGGUGUCCACCCGGCGCCUUCGCAGUUUGCCGAGUGGGUCUGCCAGCAAAUCCUUCGUCGUCAGUACAUCUAA